AUGGCAUCGAGCCCAACAAAUUCCCCAGAGUACCCUCCGGUGAAGCUGCCGCAUCCAUUUCUUACUUCAUAUCGCGUGCAAACGAUAGCCGAAACGAGACCAUCCAAGCGCAAACUAGCCCUGGAUAAUCAGCCUGCCGACGGACGCUCUCUGACAGAACCGCUGCAUCUCGAUUCACUUUCUUGGAUCGAUUUUUCCUUCCCUCCUGAGAAUCAAUGCCCACCCGAGUCAGAUAACAGCCCUUGGGCACGAGCUUGUCGCAGUCCAUCCACUACUUUUGAAUGGACGGCGGAUACUCCUUCUCUGGGUCAGGUCUGGAAUGUGGUUCAUGCGAUUUACCUCGCUCACCCCACAUAUGAGUAUUUCCGACUCACUCUGGCUGGCCAAGCGAAGGAUGUUCUCCGGAAGGAACUUCUUACUACUGGGCUGGGUAUCGAGCACCCGAAGCCCUGGCAUCGUCCCCAGGAUAAACUGACGUGGCACUCGGAGGACUUGUUGAUUCUUCGGAGCGCCUUCUGGCAAGGUGCAGCCUCUCCGACAGGCCCGCGUUCCAUAUGGGCAGUCGGAGAUGGCACUGAUGGCCCUCUCCGUACACCUUUAGACAGGUACCCUAUCAUGCCCGAGCAUUACCAGAUCACUAUGAAGUUCCCAGAAGAGGCAGUAUAUACCCGUCACCCCACACGCCGGCCAAAGCCGCACCCCGGGUCCAUUGUCUACAGCCGAUAUAUCCCAGAGAUCGACGAGCACUUCUCACUCGAAGCAGUUGACUGGGAAAACCCGGAUCACUUGAGGCUCUUCAACACCUGGCAAAACGAUUCGCGUGUUGCAAAGGGUUGGAACGAGACUGGAACCCUGGAUCAACACCGAAAAUACCUUCGCAACCUGCACUUUGAUCCUCAUGUCCUUUGCUUGUUUGGCCGCUUCGAUAACACCCGCUUCUCUUAUUAUGAGCUGUAUUGGGCUAAGGAGGAUCACUAUGGAGCGCAUUAUGAUGCCGGAGACUAUGAUCGCGGACGCCACUCGCUUGUCGGCGACGCGUCAUUCCGUGGCUCGCAUCGCGUGAAUGCCUGGUAUUCCAGCUGCAUUCACUACUGCUUUUUGGACGACCCACGAACAAUUAAUGUUGUCGGUGAGCCAAAGGCCACUGGCUCCACCAUCUUGUCGUACGAAAAUUCCCAGGGCCUCACCAUCGGCAAAUACGUUGAUCUCGGUCACAAGCGGUCGGUUCAUUCAAUUGCCAGCCGGGAGAAGUGGUUCCAGUUGUGUCCACUGUUCUGGGACGGGCGCGAGCGGCCCCUGGAGUCUGCUGACCGUGCCGCGUGGAACGCCAAGCUGUAG